AUGGCUAAGAGAGAUCACAAGGAGAAAGUUCGCUUGACGCAGGCUGAUGCAGAUGCGAUUCUCCAACGUGGACUGACCAUCCUGGAUACACUCUCUGACUUUGAAAUUCGUCACAGAAUCGGGUACUUCUCGCAUAUUUUGCGUUACGGGAAACACUUCUUGCAAAUGCCGAAUUAUAUCCUGGAGUACCGGGAAAGUAGUGGCCUUUCAGCCCCACUUUUCGACGACGCAAGUAACAUUCCGAAAGACCAUUACUUCUUGGGUCGAUGGCCAAAGAGCAAGGGCAUGGAAUCAAAUCCACAAAACUCGAUACUUGUGCCGAUGCUUGCUAAACCAUCAACAGAGACGCAUGAUGGCAAUGAUGAUCUGUACUCGUCAGAUGUAUUUUAUAUCCAACAAAUCUGGGCAGAUGGUACAAUCUGCGACUUGAAUGAAAAACCUCGUACUACCACAAUCAAGUAUUACUGUGGCUCCCACACAGCGAUUGAGUUGCUGACCGAGGUACAAACAUGCGAAUAUACAGCCAUUGUCUCUGUGGAAGCACUCUGUGAUGAGCCUUACUUCCAUCUACCCGACAUCAAGCCUGUCAACGAAGUAAAUUGCCGCCUCAUUGUCCCGGAUGAGGAGAAAGAACAAGAGGCCUACACGGAGUAUGUUAAAAAGCUUCAGAAGGACAUGCUGAAUGCUCAUGAGCAUGUUGAUGAGCAGUAUUAUCAGUACCCUCCUGAGAAGGACAAUUUUGAUGUGCUCGACGAUGCAGCGCUAAACUUUGAACUGGAUAAAGAUCCAGCAUUGACACCGGAGGUCCCUGCGAAGGAGGAAACUAUCGAUGAUAAAGAUCUGGACCAAAUUCUGUUUGAAUUGUUUGUCAAAGCUACGGUCAAUCCUGAUAUGCGUGACAGUAGGGUGGAUGAGGAAGAGGGAGACGUUUCACGCGACACAGAGGUAAACGAUCAGGCGCUGCAUGAUUUGUACGAUUUGUAA